AAAACGAAAGAGACAACCAGCUAAAGGCGAGCGCGCGGCCAUGUUGAAUUGUCAUUUUUUUAAAAGAAGAGACAAAAGAGAGACAAGUCGGUGGGUUUCACGAAACACAAACAGUAUCAUAAUACAUGGAAAAUUUGCUUUAAUUAAGUUAACGAGAGAAGACGUCCGAUGAACAUUAAGGCAGGUAACCUGGAGUGUAUCAGCUCCACAUCUACCACAGCAAAAGAAGAGAACAACUGAAAGAGCACAACAGCAGAACACACAUUUACAUUGUGACUGUCCAAGUGAACAGCACAACGGGUUUGAACUAUUUCCCUCAGUGUUUUGUAUAAGUCAUUUUUGUUGUUGUUGCCAAGAGCACAUUUUUUGCUUCAUACCAGACCAAGUUGAAAGACUCAUAGGAAUACUCCAUGUGAAUCAGAGGACCGUACAGGUCUGUUUGAAUGUAAGACUAAAAGCACUUGAGAGACUCUAACAAAGAAACAUACGACAAAGAAACAUACGACCACUUCAGUCCGGGAAAACAGCUUAAAAGAUCUUUGAACAGAGAAACAAUAUUAGAAACUUAACAGGUUGUUGAAUACAGAGGGAAAAAAAAGAGACUUCAGAAAAAAAGCUAUUUUCACCAGGAAUAAGACUACUUCAGGAUAAUUUACUUUAGAUGUUUGAACUCUGUUGAAUUCUGAAACACGUUCACAUAGGUUUAUGUUUUGAGCGGAUAUAUGAUCUAUUUAUUCAUAUAAAUGCAAAUUUCUCCCUUUUUGGGGAGCGUCGUCUUGUAAAUAUACAAUUUUCAUACGCCAGACUCUUCUUUUCAAGAGGUCUGUACGUAUAAGUGUAUACAUAAAUUCUUUAAAUUAGAAAUCCUGAAAACAAGGUUUUAGUUUAUUUUUUGUGUGAACUAAUUAACACGAGGACAUUAGUUCCAAGAGUGGGAAAACAAGAUCUAAGAAAACAUUGAAGAAAGGAAAAAAGAGUUUAGCUAUACACUGUGAGUGACUAAGGAAUUGGCAGACUGUGAAGGAAAAGCUCUCUAAGCCAUGUCUACAGCACGAACGGAGAACCCAACAUCCAUCAUGGGACUGAACAAGCCCAACGGGCAGUUUAGAGGACCGCUCAAGCCAGUUGGACUAACGUCAGGAUCCCUGGCAACUGCCCCACAACCAGGUGUCCCCCAGAAGGGUGGUAACAUUCCCCAGGGCAGUGGGGGCAUCCGGUUUGGCGAUGACUGGAAGAAGUGCCUGCAGCUUCCACAGAAAGACUGCCGAUUUAGAACAUCAGAUGUGACAUCGACCAAGGGGAAUGAGUUUGAGGACUACUGCCUGAAGCGGGAGCUACUGAUGGGGAUCUUUGAGAUGGGCUGGGAGAAACCGUCUCCUGUUCAGGAGGAGAGCAUCCCCAUUGCUCUGUCAGGCAGGGACAUCCUGGCCCGGGCUAAGAACGGCACCGGGAAAAGCGGAGCCUACCUCAUUCCUCUCCUGGAGAGGAUAGACCUGAAGAAGGACCACAUACAGGCCAUGGUGAUGGUUCCUACACGAGAGUUGGCCCUGCAGGUGAGCCAGAUCAGCAUCCAGGUGAGCAAGCACAUGGGCGGGGUCAAGGUCAUGGCCACCACGGGAGGCACCAACCUGAGGGACGACAUCAUGCGUCUGGACGAGACCGUGCAUGUGGUGAUAGCCACACCAGGCAGGAUCCUGGACCUGAUAAAGAAGGGCGUGGCCAAAGUGGAUAAAGUCCAGAUGAUGGUGAUGGAUGAGGCAGACAAGCUGCUGUCUCAGGACUUUGUGGUCCUGAUCGAAGACAUCAUCAGCUUCCUGGCUAAGGGUCGUCAGAUCCUACUCUACUCUGCCACCUUCCCCAUCAGUGUGCAGAAGUUCAUGCACCUUUCAAAGCCGUAUGAGAUCAACCUGAUGGAUGAACUGACACUGAAGGGCAUCACCCAGUACUAUGCCUACGUCACUGAGAGGCAGAAAGUCCACUGCCUCAACACCCUCUUCUCCAGGCUCCAGAUCAACCAGUCCAUCAUCUUCUGUAACUCAACCCAGAGGGUUGAGCUGCUGGCCAAGAAGAUCACCCAGCUGGGCUACUCCUGCUUCUACAUCCACGCCAAGAUGAUGCAGGAGUACAGAAACCGUGUGUUCCAUGACUUCAGAAACGGACUCUGCAGGAACUUGGUCUGCACAGAUCUGUUCACCAGGGGAAUUGACAUCCAAGCGGUGAACGUAGUGAUCAACUUUGACUUCCCCAAGAACGCUGAGACGUACCUGCAUCGCAUCGGCAGAUCAGGGCGGUUUGGUCACCUGGGUCUGGCCAUCAACCUGAUCACCUCUGAGGACCGCUUCAACCUGAAGUCCAUCGAGGACCAGCUGGUGACCGACAUUAAGCCCAUCCCCGGCAGCAUCGACAAGGGCCUGUACGUGGCAGAGUUCCACUCUGCCGACCCAGACGCCGAAGACGAGAUCAGAGGCAAGGACGGCGAGUUAAGCGCAGCAUAAACGGAGAACAAGAGGCGUCUGGCAUUCGUCACACCAUCCCCUGCUGCUCACAGACAUUCAGAUUAGUUUCUGACUGAAUAUUUUAAAAAUCUACAGGAUGCAUCUCAGUUUUUUUAUUUUGUCUUAUUUUGGGGGAAACGUUUACAGCAGUGGUCAGUUUGUUUGGCACAGUUUACAGCCAUUUUUAACCAACAUGAUAUGUACCCAACCUGCCAACAAUUUUCUGUACUGUCAGUGUAUCACUGUAGUGGCUUCUUAUACGGUCACAUUUAAUCAUUCCCUGUUGAAAAGGCCCUCGCUUGUCAGGUUCACUUCCUGUAGACUUAUUUCUGAGCAGAUGACUGUCGAGGAAACCAAACCAAAGCUGAACAUGUUGAUAGGAGAAAAACCAAAAGAACCCUCUCUGCUUUGACAGCUGUCUGGGGAAAGCUGUCAUGGUGCUAUACGGUGGGGCCUAGAAUGAAAUACUAGUGUUCGUGCUAAUGUGACUUUACAGUCAUACAUGAAAGGCACUUCCAUGAAUAAUUUGUUUUGUCGCAGACGCACACAGAUGAGUCCAAUGAUGAGUGUUGAUUAGUUUAUUUGUUUAGUAUUUUACAGCCUCCUUAGUCGGCUAUAGCACCAGACAGACCCAUAACUCUUUGGGCAACAUAUCCCUUAGACAAGGAGAUGAUGGCAAUAGAACCUGACAUGGAGAAGAGCCUGUAUCAACAGGGCAUACAUUUUAUUUAGAUACGCUGACUUACCGACCCCCUCUAAACAAAUUAGACAUGCUGAAGCCAGUCAUCUUAUUCUAUCGCUCUGACUCUUCUGUUGAUCUCUCACACUCUUCCUCUCGUUAACUCAGUUGUGUGCCUUAAUCUAAACUCCGCUCACGGCUCAUACUGUAGAUCUGAAAGGAUCUGUCUGUGUGAACCAGAGCUCCAGAAAGUAGGUUGUAAGUUCUGUUCCGAAAAGAACUUAUCUGGUAAUGUGUUCUUUAGCUCUCACCUCAAGUCGGUGCUUGUUUUGUCUCAACUUCCCAAAAGUCCCUCUCAGUGAUCUAAGGUCAAUUUUGCAUCCCUUCUCCUAGUUGUUAAUAUUAGGAUUUGGGGAUGGAAACCUGACCCUAGAUCUAUCCGUAGCUUUCCAGAGACACCAGGGAGCAGGAAUGGUCACACGGGUGGGGGACCCUAAUCUCUGUAACACAGGAAGUGACAAUACUGGCAAUUGUCGUUGAGGAAUCACCGCAUUUCAUGGUCAUAUUUUCUCAGUUGUUAUGCAAUGUAUUUUUCCUCUUUCUUACAGCUAUAUUGGGUAGUCUGACAGAGGAAUGGUUUUGUGUUUAGGGAAGAUUGUAGCAGUACUCUCAUUGGUCAAAGUACAGGUGUUCUACUUUAAAAUGAUAAAAUAUUGCCAAAUACAAUCUUGUCUUAUAGCGACAACCCUAACAGAUCCUACAAUCUUCAACAUUUCAGAGAUGUAGCAGAUGGCUGGCCUCCGCAUUGAGUCUAGCACCAGCAGAACACAACAGAGACCAUUGUAAUGCAUGUACGCCCUUAUUUAAACAGCCUACAAUACUGAGCACUGUUUGUUUCCCCACGUCUGGCUCUGGAGUAUCCCUGUAAAUGCUGGAGUUUAUUUAUAACUGAUUCCAUUGUCAAUUAUCCUCAAUUGAGGCACUUGAACACUGAAAUGGGACUUUUGAUUUGAGCAUUGUCAAGUGUUUGUGUUAAACGUUAUUAAUGGGUUAAUCUCGCACACCAGCCGUCCACAGCUUUGGGACAAGGCUAUAAAAUGGGAAAGUGAAGCAGCAUUUGCCAGGGGUACUCCAGUGCCGAUUAUAAGAAGACUAUGGUAAACUUGUUGAUUUGACUUUUUAUUUCUAUCCAACUCGUUUGGUUUGAGUAAUGCUCCUUUUGUAGUUGUCUUGUGUUGGCAGAGGUCACCUACUGAGCUGAGCUGUAAAGUGGUAGGAGGAUGGCUAAGCAAAGUUUAUUCUCGUGCCAAUUGUGUCAAUGCCAGCACCUCUGAAGGAAUGAAAUAAAGUCCUGCUGAUUCUCCA